AUGGGCGGUCGUGUGGCCUACGACCCGUCCUCACAUCGGCUCCUGCCCGACUAUUUCCCUGAGCUCGAGCGCUGCGACGUCACGCACACCACCAGCCAACGUGAAGACGUGAGCGAGGAGGCACAUGACACGGAUGCCGCCGCCGCCACCACAGCAACAACGGCGACGACCAGGCCCCAACCGACAGACCGGCCGCUGUUCGAGUGUCACAGCCGGUGCGGCUGCAGCGCCGAUUGCGCGUCGAGGGUCGUGCAGAAAGGCAUAACGCUGCCGCUGGAGGUGUUCAUGUCGGCGACCAAGGGCUGGUCCGUGCGGGUGCUCAGCCCCGUCAGGAAAGGCCAAUUCGUGAGCGAGUAUGCGGGCGAGGUGGUCUCCACCGAGGAGGCGCAGCGACGGUGGCGAGACGAAUACGACCGGGCGGGUCUCAACUACCUCCUUGUCGUGCGCGAGUUCAUACCGGCGCGAGGAGCGACGCUACGCACCAACAUCGAUGGCACGCGGUUGGGCAACGUGUCGCGGUUCUUCAACCACUCGUGCGACCCUAACAUGUUGCUCUUCCUCGUUCGCGUCGGUUCGCUCAUUCCCCGACUGGCCUUCUUUGUAUGUCGUGAUGUGGCGGCGGGCGAGGAGCUGACGUAUGACUACGGCCACGGAUCGACUCAGGCUGCCGACGCACCAGCCACGAGGCAGUGCCACUGCGGUGCCCGCCACUGCCGCGGCGUACUCCCCUUCGACCCCCUGGCCUGA